CCCUGUUAACGCAAAGGGACGUGCACGCGAUUUGGAGGCGUCGCCACCUGCUCCACUUCGUAAGGUGGAGAAGCCAUGGCUCCCAUUCUCUGUAGCUCGAUUGUUUUCCAAGUACAAAAGGGUUCCGGAUCCACCUGAUACGCCUAGAAUCGUCAUCGAUGACAUUACUGAUGUUGAGGCCAAGAAGUCCGGCCUCCAUCGCAAUGGAUCUCAAUUUGCAGCAUUGCCCUCGCUUUCAUCCGAGGCGUCCGUUCCUUUGCCACCCUACCAAAGUACCUCCUCAACGCCUGAACCCAAUAUCACCUCUCCAAAGCUGGCGCCAAUACGCGUACCUUCCGACGACAAUGCGCCAGCGUCACCGUCGCCUAGCUCGUCAUCACCCAAGCUGCCCGCCCCCGAAUUGCCUCCGCCACUCACAAUGCCAUUCCUUCGCACAUCAUCUGAGUUGUAGCCCAGUUACAGUCACACAGACUACGAUGAAUAUACCCCAUUGAGUUUAGGGUAUGUUUCGGUUUGAUCUGUUUGGACCGCAACUUAUUUCUGCAAGUAGAUUUUGGAGUCCAAUUUGCUCGCUAAAAUUGAUUGAUGUUCCCCAAUUAUCAUAUUCCUUAUCACAGAAGCAGCGAGCC